AUGAAGGGGCUUCUGUCUGUUCUGCUGGCUGCGGUUGUGUGCAUGGAGCUAGCCCACGCCUUGCAGUGUUACACAUGCCUGGAGCCGAUGAGCGCCCCCCUGUGCAUGACCAUCAGCAACUGCUCCACGAAUGACAUCGUGUGCAAGACAGUCAUGUACUCCCGAGAGGAAGUUUUCCCCUUCGUGGGCGACUCAACCGUCAUCAAGGGGUGCGCUCAGAAAUGCAUCCCGUCCGACGUGGAUGAAAUCGGGAGCUCUCGCCCCACCUUCUGCUGUAACUCUGACUUGUGCAACGUGGAUGGGGCGGUCAGCAUACAAACCAGCUACGUGGUGAUGGGGAUUUCAGCCAGUUUCCUGUGCGUCCUCCUCAGGACUGGGCUGUGA